AUGGGAGGUAGAAAAACAGUAGAUCCAACUUCUGAUAUCCAAGACGAGUUAGAAAAGUGUCUCGCCAAUACUACUCGUCUCUCUCAGAGACUUAAUCAAACGGGUCUCAGCAGACACGAACGACAGUGGAUAGAAUCUGAAUUGAAGAAGUCGGUUAGAGCUCUUUAUUGGGCAGUUGAAGAUUAUCAGCAUACUCUUUCUGUCCUCUCUCUUGAUACUUCCAAGUUUCAGCUGACUUACGAGGAAAAGGUUAUAAGAUCAAAUCUACUUUUGUCAGCUAAAGCUUUCGCUGACGAUAUACGCUUGAACGUUUUAAGAACUCCAAUACCCUCAUCCGAAUCGAUCCGUGUGCUAUCAUCAAUGGCUUCUGGUUCUGGUUCUUAUAAGUACUCUUUAUUGAAUGAUCAAGAUUUGGAAGAUGAAGCAUCUUCUUCUUCAGGCGCGAAUACCGGAAGAUUUGAAGAUAUUCUUUUGAAGCAACAGCAAAUACUUCGGGAUCAAGAUGAUGAUCUAGAAGUAGUGGGACAUUCAGUAAAAACAUUAAAGCACAUGAGUUAUAGAAUUGGAGAUGAGUUAGAUCAGCAAGCUAUAAUGCUGGAUGAUUUGGGGCAGGAUAUGGAUAGAGUUGAUACCAAGUUAGAUGGAGUAAUGAAGAAAAUAGCCAAGCUUGCACAUCUAGAUGACGAUAAGAAGCAGUGGAAGGCCAUUAUAGUUUUAAGUAUAAUUCUAUUUUUCCUUGUGUUUCUCCUCAUAGUACUAUAA